AUGGGUGGCCCGGGCACGCGGAGGAUCUCCAAGGACGCUCUCCGCAUCAUCGUCAGGAACCUCAAAGGCGACCGUUUCACUCUGGAGAUGCUCCAGGACAUCUUUCAAGAGCUUGUCUCCGAUCGUGAGGGCCUAGUGAACUGCGAAGACGUGGCACGCUGCCUCCGCCGACCGGAUCCAGCUUCGGAGCCCCAAGAGCCCAAGCGCUACGACCUGGCUCAGAAGCAGGGGCUGGCGGACUUCCUGAAAGAUGCGGACAUCCGGCUUGUGCGAGCCGACUUCAUUCUGAAGCUGCACCGGGAAGGACAGCGUUUCCCGCGGCGCCAGGAAGCAGAGUCCGCCUACGUGGACAGCCGCACGGCGCUGGUGACACACGAGGAGGUGCAAGCCUGGGCCGACGGCAAGGCGCCUGACGGGACCCAGGUGAUCUCGUUGUCCCACUGCUGGGAGGCGACGGAACAUUGUGACCCCUAUGGAUACCAGGUUUCCAAGCUAGCCAAGGCUCUUACGGGAAAGGAGUGGCUUUUCAUAGAUUACGUGUCUCUGCAUCAGUUCCA